AUGAAUAGAUUCGAGCAGCGAGGCGUUCUGUUUGAUCUCGAUGAGGCCAUCAAGCUUCUUCGGGAUGUAAUACUCCUUCGCCCUCCCGGUCAUUCUGAUCAAUCAAUGUAUCUCAACGAUCUUGCCAGCUGCAUGCGACAGAGAUUCGAGCAGCGAGGCAUUACAUCUGAUCGUGAUGAGGCCAUUGAGCAUCUUCGGGCUGUGUUACUCCUUCACCCCACCCAUCAUUCUAAUCGAUCCGGGUUGCUCAAUGCUCUUGCCAUCAGCCUUACAAUUAGAUUUCGACAGCGGUGCGUGCCGUCUGACCUUGAUGAGGUCAUUGAGCUCCAGCGGGAUGCACUACCCCUCUAUCCUCUUGGACAUUCGGAUCAAAGCAAACCUCUCAACAAUCUUUCCAUUAUUCUUCAAGUCAGAUUUGAGCAGCGGAGCAUCCCGUCUGACCUCAAUGAAGCCAUCGGGCUCCACCGGGAUGCACUACUCCUCCAUCCACCCGGUCAUUCUGAUCGGGCAAUGUCUCUCGGCAAUCUUGCCGCCACCCUUCAUCACAGAUUCGAGCAACGGAGUGUCCCGUCUGACCUCGAUGAGGUCAUCAAGCUCCAAUGGGUUGCAUUGCUCUUUCGUCCCCCUGGUCAUUCCGAAAGAUCAUCAUCUCUCAACAAUCUUGCACCCAGCUCUAAAGACAGAUUCAAGCAGCGGGGUAUCUCGUCUGACCUUGAUGAGACCAUCGAGCUCCUUCGGGCUGCAUUACUUCUUCGCCCCCCCCACCUUCGAGACAGAUUCAAGCAACGUGGUGUCCUGUCUGACCUGGAGGAAUCAUUUAGGCUGUUUGAGCAACUACCCUACAUAUCACAUCCAGCCUCUCAUACAGAUUUUAGAUCUGCCAAGUCCUUAGGUAGCUUGAUUUGGCGAAAUAGCAUGGCAGACAGCGUGGAAAAGUGUAGAGUGGCCUUGCUGAGUUGUCCCCCUGGUCAUUAUUGUCAUCACAUCUGUCUCGUCUGGGCCACCUUUGCCGAAGAGACGAACUACGACUCCGUAUUGGUUGCCUGUCAAACUGCAUUGAAAUUCCUAGAUCAGCAUGUGACUCUGUUAUCACCUUCUUUACGCCAUUUCGAUAUCGUCAGGAUGGCUACUUCCUCGGUUGCCACAGAUGCUUUCUCGUGCAGUGUUUGUCGCGGCGCACUGACAGCUGCUGUCGAACUGGUGGAGCAAGGCCGUGCAGUAUUUUGGACCCGGCUGACAUGCUUACGCUUACCACUCAACGAACUUUCACUGUCUAGUGACACGGGCGCAGCCCUGGCGAAAGAGUUACAGCAGCUAAGUUUUCGCCUUUGCAGCGCAUUCGAUAAAUCCACCGAAGACCAGUCCCUAGACAUCCAGCAGCUGACCAUGCAAUGGGAUGAUGUCGUCUCCCGCAUCCGCAUGAUGUCUGCCUUUUCUCGGUUUCUCCUACCCCCGCUGUUUUCUGACCUGCGGAAAGCUGCAGAGAAGGACCGGUCAUCAUCGUCAAUGCUAGUCAGUACGGCUGUGACGCUUUGA